AUGUCUCCAGCAGCCGGGGUUGCCUCUAUUCUCUCUCGCACGCUUUCCAGUGCAGUUCGAGACUACACAUAUGUCGACUUCUGUGCUGGUGCCGGCGGGCCUUCCGCCUUCAUUGAAAAAACUUGGAAUGAUAAACUCGAUCAGUCCCACGGCGCACAUGCAGAGAAGGCGGUCAAGUUCAUUUUGACAGACCUCCACCCUCAUAUUCCAGCCUGGUCCAAGGCUGUGAUAGGCCGGAGCCAUCUUAGCUUUGUCGAAGAGCCAGUUGAUGCGACGGAUACUCCUUCCUCACUAGCCUCGGGGGUGGCAGGAAGAUAUUUCGACUAUACAAUCUAG